CAGCAUUUUGUCUUCAUGCGUAUGUGAUAUCAAUACUUCUCUGGCCAGAACCAGAGGACUAGUGCGAGCGAGCGAGCGAGAGAGGGAGAGAAAUGGAGAAGGCAUUGACGAAAGUGGGUAGCUUGAAAGUUGGGGGUCUGUGGAUCUCAAAGAAAGCCAAAGAAGAGCUCUCUAACAUAAGUGGAGAUAUCAAUAAAUUUUCAAGUACUGUUGAAGACAAGGCGAAAUGGAUUUUCAACAAGUUGAAAGGAAAACCGCUGAAAUCCUUGCCAGAUCUGCUUCGAGAGCACAACUUGCCUCCAGGCCUCUUUCCCGAGAACAUAACCUGCUAUGAAUUUGAUGAAUCCAAGGCCAAGCUAGUUGUAUACUUGUCCUCUCCGUGCGAAAUUAGCUUCAAGGACUCCUCAGUCAUAAGGUAUGCAACUCGAGUGAAAGGAAUUCUUUUGAGAGGAAAACUUACAGGUAUAGAAGGAAUGAAGACAAAGGUCCUAGUAUGGGUUAAGGUUACAAGUGUGGCAGUUGAGAGCUACAAGUCUGAUAAGGUGUGGUUUACUGCUGGUGUAAAGAAGUCGAGGCCUAAAACCGCAUAUGAAAUUCCUCAGGAUGCUCUCAGGGUAGAAGAAUUUUAAUCAUAAAAAACUGCACAUUAUUAUCAUCAUUGGGUAGAUGACCGAGGCUAUUAGUAGGUUUUUGCUUGGGAAAGCAUUCAAGUUGCAUUUCUUUCGUCAAAAGUCAUUGUGUCUGAGGCUUAUAUAUGAAAGUUUUUGUGCAAUGCAAAUUAAGAUUUAAUUUUGCAGCUUGUUCUUGUACUUUCCCUGGGUCGAGCAUUUUUUAUUUUUCCAAUAAAGGAACCGAUUUUAAUGAA